UCCAAUUAUGUCCAAAACGAACUCGAAUAAUACGACGUCGUACCUCGUACAUGCUUGGGGACAUUAUCGUCUAUUCCUCGUACGUUAUCCUCUCUGGCUCUCCCAGUCUCAGCUUGCCCUGCUCCUCGCCAGCAGCACUGUCACAAAAUACCACCAAAUUUCUAAUAACAAUCAAUUUCCCACAAACAAUGGCUCUUUCUAUAUCUUCCCUUACAUCAUCCCUUUCUUCCCUCUCAUUUUCCUCUCAAAUUUCCCGGAAUCCAAACAGUGUCUCAAUUCCCCAACCGCCAAAAUCCGUCCCCAUUUCUCUCUUCUCCAAAACCACCCGUUCCCUCUCCAUCUCCGCCACCGUUGCUGCCCCACCUGAAUCGGAACCGGUAGAGGACCUCAAGAAGUACGUUAAGUCCAGGCUACCCGGUGGGUUCGCGGCUCAGACUAUCAUAGGGACGGGACGCCGGAAAAGCGCCAUUGCUCGUGUGGUUCUCCAGGAAGGCACCGGAAAGUUCAUCAUCAACUACCGUGACGCCAGGGAGUAUCUGCAAGGGAAUCCGUUGUGGCUGCAGUACAUAAAAGUUCCAUUGGUGACAUUGGGGUACGAGACUAGUUACGAUGUAUUUGUCAAAGCUCAUGGGGGUGGCCUUUCGGGACAGGCUCAGGCAAUCUCCCUGGGCAUUGCCCGUGCAUUGCUCAAGGUGAGUGAGGACCAUCGCAGCCCGUUGAGGAAAGAAGGGCUUUUGACCAGGGAUUCCAGAGUCGUGGAGAGGAAGAAAGUUGGGCUCAAAAAGGCUCGUAAAGCUCCACAGUACUCCAAACGUUAAAAAAGGGUUUGGAAACUUGGAAUACACCAUUGUUUGUUGGUUUGUAGAAAAUCUUUGUCGUUGCCAUUUCUUUAAGCUUCUUGAUGAUCUGAUAUCUUACAUUUCCAAAUUGUCAGAACCCUUUUUGUAUGUAGAUCUGAUUCCCCAAUAACAUUCUCUUGCAUUUCAAGUCAGGAAUAUUGAUCUGUAGUUUCAAUCCC